AUGCGGCCUAAGAACCUAGCAUUGCUUGUCCUGUUCCAUGGUACUCGUACUCCCACUGUUUUGGCACGAUACUUUCCUUUGGGCUCCGAGCAUUGCCUGACCUGGAUCUGCCUCGAUGUCCUCUUCUGCACGGCAAGCAUCAUGCACCUGUGCACCAUCUCCGUGGACCGUUAUUUAUCGCUACGCUAUCCAAUGAGAUUUGGCCGGAAUAAAACACGCCGGAGAGUCACGCUCAAAAUUGUUUUCGUUUGGCUUCUGAGCAUCGCCAUGAGCUUGCCCCUAAGCUUGAUGUACUCGAAGAAUCACGCCUCGGUGCUGGUGAAUGGAACUUGCCAGAUACCGGAUCCGGUGUACAAGCUGGUUGGGUCCAUUGUGUGCUUCUACAUUCCGCUGGGCGUGAUGCUGCUGACAUAUUGCCUGACCGUCCGCCUUUUGGCCCGGCAGCGCCAGAACUUGGGUGGUGGACAGCAGACGGCAGCGGCCACCCCCGGAUGGGCAAGUGGGUGGCUUGGUCAGGCACCGGCCUUGGAACGCCGUUGCACCUGGCGUCGCCUACUGAAACCGGGUCCCGGGAACGCCUCCUCUGUCCUGCAUGCCCACUCAGCCAAUUCCACGGACACGGAUCUUAGCACUUUGGACAACCAUGAGCUGUGGCUGCCCGAUUCCAGUAUAAAAGAGCCCACGCCCACGACAAUGACGGCACUGCAUCAGUUUGGUGCCGAGAUGCUGAAGCUAUCCCGUGGCCUAGAGUCGGUGGCAUCCUCAUCCACCACCGGUUCGCCCACCAAAUCCGAAUUUUCCAUAUCGAAUCACCUGCAGCUGCAGUACCCCAGCAGUCCCCAGCGAUAUGCUAGCCACCAGCAGCAGCAGCCGUCCCAUCAGCAGCACCAUAACCACCAGCAACAUCCGGGCAGCGUCUACCACCAGCAGACCUCCCCAAAGGGUCGCCAUGGAACCACAGUCCUGGGUCUGUCCACCACUACGCUGGGCAUAGAGCGGGAGAGCACCCGGAACUCCUUGGCCAGUAGCCGCAUGGGUGGCGAACAGAGCGAUGGAACACUCUCCCAGCUUUCCCAGCGUUUGCGAGCCUACAAAAAGCGACGGAGGGCAUCGUCAGCGGUUCCAGGACGAGAUCGACGCUCUGGCCAUGAAGAUGCCGACGAAGAUCUGGACACUCCUACGUCAACGUUGCGCCGCCACAAACGCCAUAACAGCCUGCCUAAGAAUGCGCUUUAUCCGCGACACACCACCGUACAGGAGAGCCUCGAUGACGACGACGAUGACGAGGAGGAGAAAGAUCAACAGGGGAACACAAAGUUCUGCCACUCGGACACCGAGCUGGAUCCACCGCAGAAGCCCAAACAGUGUCAUAUAGCUGGCCAGAAUCACCAGACGGACUACCUGCAGUUGCCCUCCGUUUGCACAUGUCCGUAUUUCGGGGAUAGACCUCUCCAGAAUUGCGUGAAAACGGCAGAGGUGAAGAUCAUUUCAUCCGCUUUCCGAGUGACCACCACCACGACGGCGGUGAGCAGUUCGCCCAGCGAAAUGGAGCUACUCAUGUGCAGUGGGGGCAAUAAGAAGUCCCUGACUUCCAGUGUGAGUGCUGGAAUGACAGGUGGUUCGGCAGGCGGAGGAGGACCUCCUCCCACUGGUGGCUCCACCCUCAGUCCACAUUCUGCCCACAAUCAGGGAAGUUCCCUGACGGUUCAGAGUGAUGGAAGUGGUUAUUUGGCUGCUCCAGGGACUCCCUGCCCUGGUAGAAGAAAGUUAAGUAUCUCGAAGACCGCUUCGGUGGUCACUUGGGAUUCCAGUCGUCAUCGCCGGCGGGGAAGCAGUUUUGGCGGAGUGCGGACAUCCCUCCUGCUGACCCCCACCAAAACAGCAACUCCCUCAACUUCAUCCACCCCGCUGAGAAGAUCUGCAACCCUCAGAAGUCACCAGAAUAUGAACUAUCAGGGAGCAGGAGAUUGUGGUGGCAAGACCAGGACAACCACAUCUUCGCCCUGCAUGCUACAGCGACAGCAGACAGUGCGAUCGCAUCACUCGAGGAACUCCAGUGUGAUCUCCAGGAAUUCUUCUCGCCACGGCAGGAUCAUCAGACUGGAACAGAAGGCCACCAAAGUACUGGGGGUGGUGUUCUUCACCUUCGUGAUCCUGUGGUCACCAUUCUUCGUCCUAAAUCUCCUGCCCACAGUGUGUGCGGAAUGUGAGGAGAGGAUAAGCCAUUGGGUCUUCGAUGUGGUCACUUGGCUGGGCUAUGCCAGUUCCAUGGUAAAUCCCAUCUUCUACACCAUCUUCAACAAGGUGUUCCGGCAAGCAUUCAAGAAGGUCCUGCUGUGUAGGUAUUCCAGCACGAGUGCCUGGCGACCAAGUAGAUAGCAGACGCCCGUGAAACCGGGCAAACUCAAGACGAAUCCCCAUAAGUGCGCCAGUGUGGAUUUUCAGGAUUCCACUGCCCCAGUGCGGGGCGUUCUCAAAAGAAGUGUGGCGGUGGCAAGUGACAUAUAAAUAGACAAGGCAACCGGUCAUUUCGCCUGCGGUCUACCGCACAACGUGUCGUAUACACAAUCUCAGAGGGAUGCCGUCUCCCAUUCCCUUGCACGUGUGUCCUUGGGGCUUAAACGCUUAUGUGCCUCUAAUUAAUUUCAAAUUCAAUUUGCAUGCCAUUGGAAAACACAUGGCUAAGGAGUGGAUUGGAUUGGAGUCGAAUCCUCCGCAGGAUUGCCAACGGUCUGGGCUUAAGCUGGCCGCAGACAACAGGGUAACGAGCAUAGUGUUCUACUCUUGUGGUCCCUCCUCGGCCGACGGUGAGGAUGCAAUUAAUUGCGGAAUGUUUGUUUUCGAAUAACAUAAUAAUCCUGGAAACCGCAUUAACUCCCUUGGAAUGCUGUUCAGUGGUCGGUGAAGUUCUAAUGAACAGAUAUUUGAAACCAUUUACAGGGAAUUCCUUUGGGAAACUUAAAAGAUUUAAGUAUUAAGUUCUUCUGGACAGAAUUCUUAUUUCAUUCCCAGAAAUAAGUUCUUAAAUUUUGAUAUAUUUUAAAUUUCUCCAAACUCCAAUCGAUAAACGCCACUUUCUUCGACAUUUGGCAAUUAU